AACAAGUAUGUACCUCGGGCCAUCCUGGUGGACCUGGAGCCUGGCACCAUGGACUCAGUGAGGUCGGGACCAUUCGGCCAGAUCUUCAGGCCAGACAACUUCGUGUUCGGCCAGAGCUGUGCAGGAAAUAACCGAGCAAAGGGCCACUACACAGAGGGAGCUGAGCUGGGGGACUUGGUCCCGGUCAGGAAGGAGUCAGAGAGCUGUGACUGUCUCCAGGGCUUCCAGCUGACCCACUCUCUGGGGGGAGGCACAGGCUCAGGCAUGGGCACCCUGCUCAUCAGCAGGAUCGGAGAGGAGUACCCAGACCGCAUCAUGAACACCUUCAGCGUCAUGCCCUCGCCCAAAGUGUCAGACACGGUGGUAGAGUCCUACAACGCCACCCUCUCUGUCCACCAGCUGGUGGAAAACACAGAUGAAACCUAUUCCAUCGACAACGAGGCCCUGUAUGACAUCUGCUUCCGCACCCUGAAGCUGACCACGCCCACAUAUGGAGACCUCAACCACCUGGUGUCAGCCACCAUGAGCGGGGUCACAACGUGCCUGCGCUUCCCUGGCCAGCUGAAUGCAGACCUGCGCAAGCUGGCAGUGAACAUGGUGCCCUUCCCCCGCCUGCACUUCUUCAUGCCGGGUUUUGCGCCCCUGACCAGCAGGGGCAGCCAGCAGUACUGCGCCCUGCGGUGCCCGAGCUCACCCAGCAGAGGUCAUGUCCUUCUCUAG